CUCACUCUCUACUGAGUCUCAGUAUCUCAGUAUGUCUAUAUUACAGUCUGUUAGUGUGUCACUAUUUUCAUCAACUUGCUCUAAAUAUCGUGAUUUUAAUUCAUAGUCGAGUAUUUUUUGUUCAUUAUUAUUGACACUAAUAAUAAUAAUAAUAAUUAGUAAUUUUUAUUUCGAUAUUUCACUGAGAAAAUAUCAGAUGAUAAAUGAAUGUAAGCCAGAUAACUUAAAAAAAAACUAUUUUGUGAUUUAACGCAUCGGUGACUUGGGAGUGAAAGUGAAUGAUGAUAAAAAAUCAGUUAUUUUGAGUUUUAUUUACUGGGAGGGAAAUGUCGAAGGUGACAUGAGAAUUUAAUUUAAAUUCAAAAUCGAUUGAGACAAAUAUAUGUUAUAAUUAGUGAUAAUUAAUAAUGAAACGACGAAGAGUGUAAACAAAUGUUAAUUAAUAGUAAUAACGAUAAAUUAAUUAAUUAAUUGAUAAAUACAUAAAUAAAUAAAUGAAUUGGAAAAUUUGAAAUAAUAUGAGAAUGGAGGAUUCAUCACCAAGAAUACGUCCUUAUCUCGAGUGUUGGGAUGAAACACAAGACAAAUUACAGAACGAGGAUAAAUAUUCAGUAGCGAAUAGUCAAGCGCCAUUGCAGGAUGGUGAAGAUGAGCAUCCAGAGCGUGGUACCUGGACGGGAAAAUUUGAUUUUUUAUUGUCGUUGCUCGGUUACAGCGUGGGACUGGGCAACGUUUGGCGGUUUCCGUACUUGUGUUAUUCAAAUGGCGGUGGCGCGUUUUUGUUACCCUUCACGGUUAUGUUGAUUAUCGCAGGAUUACCUUUAAUGUUUAUGGAACUAUCUUUAGGCCAAUACGCAAGUUUAGGUCCCGUGGCAGCUUACAAGCGAUUUUCACCCCUACUUCGUGGUCUAGGCUACGGAAUGGUUCUAGUCAGCUCAAUAGUAAUGCUCUACUAUAAUUUAAUAAUUGCCUGGACACUUUACUACAUUUUUGCCUCCGUAAUCGGUGGCAGUAAAGUUCCCUGGAGUGAUUGCGCGCCAGAAUGGAGUACUGAAGACUGUAUUGAUCCUCAGAAAUCAGAAGAUUGUCUUAAUAAUAAUAAUACUUAUUACAAACGUAAUUGUUUAAAUUCAACUCAAAUGUCGGCAAUGAAUUUAACUGUCGACAAUAUUACGUCCGCGUUAAGGCGCCCACCUGCUGAAGAAUAUUUCGAAAACAAUGUACUGGGAAUUAGCGAAGGAAUUGAAUUUACUGGAACAAUUAGAACUCCAAUGGCGGCUUGUUUAUUACUCGCCUGGUUAAUUGUGUUCCUUUGUUUGAGCAAAGGAGUCCAAAGUUCUGGAAAAGUUGUUUACUUUACUGCACUUUUCCCUUAUGUAGUUCUGAUCGCGCUAUUUAUCCGCGGGAUAAUGCUGCCCGGAGCCGACGAGGGUAUUUUGUUUUACUUAACACCCGACUGGCGGCGCUUGGCAUCCGCAAAAGUCUGGGGCGACGCAGCAGUACAGAUUUUUUUUGCCCUCAGUCCGGCUUGGGGUGGAUUAAUCACACUCAGUUCGUACAACAAAUUCGAUAAUAAUUGUUACAAGGACUCUCUGAUAGUAGCAGUCAGUAAUAUCGGAACAUCAUUUUUCGCGGGUCUGGUUAUUUUCUCAGUAAUUGGAUUUCUUGCGCAUGAAUUAAAUGUCCCGGUGGCCUCGGUCGUUGACCAAGGCGCUGGACUAGCAUUCAUUGUCUACCCGGAGGUCGUAGCUCGCUUACCAAUAGCGCCAAUUUGGUCCCUGCUCUUCUUCGUUAUGCUUCUGACUCUAGGCUUGGAUUCACAAUUCGCGCUGAUGGAAACUGUAACUACUGCCAUAUUGGACGGGAUUCCCGCGCUACGUAAUUUCAAAGUCUGGGUCGUUUUGGGCGUUUCCAUUUUUGGUUACUGCGGAGGCAUUAUUUUUACUACUAACGCGGGAAUGUAUUGGCUCCAAUUAAUGGACAAGUACGCAGCUAAUUGGUCAGUUUUAUUAAUCGCAAUAACGGAAUGCAUUUUAGUAGCAUGGGUCUACGGCGCAGAUCGUUUCCUAGACGACGUUCAGCUCAUGAUUGGUCCACGCAGUAAAUGUUGGAAAUUUUUCUGGAAGUGGAUGUGGAAAGUCGUGACCCCAGCGGCAUUAUUUUUUAUUUUGUUCUUUAAUUGGGUCGAAUAUGAGCCGCUCACUUACGGGACUUACAUUUAUCCAAAAUGGGCAGAUGCCGUAGGAUGGCUUGUUGGUCUAUACCCCGUUUGUGUCAUUAUUGUGCUGGCACUCUUCCAAUUAAGGAAACCAAAACGAAGAGCUUACGACGAUGAUGACGAUUUCGAUGAUCCCAAGACCUCAACAAGUACUGAAACUGUACGAGGAUAUCCGGACAGUAUUUGGGGACGUGCGAGAAUGCUCUUACAGCCAACAUCUGAUUGGAAACCGGCAUCACAGAAUUCUGUUACUCCUUCGAGGACUCUAACUAACCCACACUCAUUAGGCCAGCAUGGUUAUGAAUCAGUACACGAUACAAUAAUUCUCGUUAAUGGACAGCCGGUAAUUCAGCCGCCAUCUUCAAAAUUACCUGGCCCUUCAAUUCUAAAGAACUCAAGCAAAGUUGACUUGAUAACAUCCCAGCAAGUCUGAUCUACAGUCCAGUUCUUCUUUACUUACCGUAGGUACUUUUCUGUUUUACCGGCAGUCGGCAACUAAACGAAUAGCGGUUUGUAAUAAAAUACUAAACAUGAUAAAUUAUUGUCCGUGUAUUUUGCUCAUUAGAUAUAAAAAAAGAUUGAAAACUCAUAUAUAUAUAUAAAUAUAGAUAUGCAGUUUAGGUGUUAGUUUAUUGUUCUGAAAAUUAACGAACUAUAGAUUUAUUUUUUUGAAUUUUUUUUACAAUAAAUAUUUUGAAGAGGUUGUAUUUAAUAAAUGUCAAUAUAUAUAAAUACCUCUUGCUUAUAAAAAAUGCCGAUGGACUGUAAAUAGUUUUAUUGAAAAAAAAAAAAAAUAAUAAUAAUAAUGAUAAUUUAAAGAAUAUAUUUAUUUUAUUAUAUUGAAAAAAAUAUAUAUACAUAUAUACGAGCUCAUUUGUAUAAAACGUACAAAUAUUAUUUAAUCCUUAAAAUAUAUAUAAAUAUGUUCAAACAAAAAUAUAUAAGUACCCCGACAUGUUCAUAUAUUGAUAUAUAAAUAUAUAUGUAUUUGAAUGUAUACAAAAACAUAAUGAUAAUAAUUGUUGUUUUUAUGAAUGAAAGUGCAUGUUUUUACGUGUUAGAGUUAAUAAUAAUUAUAAUGAUAAAUAAUUAAUAAUAAUUGUAAAAAAAAAAAUGUUCAUAUUUAUAUGAGUUAUUUUUUUAGAAUUUUUUUAAGUGAAAAGAAAAAUCUAUAGUGAUUUUAUUGUUGACUUUAUAAAUUUUAUUUUCACGGUUAAUUAUUUUAGAUCUUGGUAAUUAUCGCGGGUCGAUAAUUAAGAUUGUAGUUGGUAUUAAAGUGGGGGUUUGAUAUGUUUUUAUGCAGAGGAUAAGACGGCAGUUGAUAACACAUUUUUUACUGAGUCAGUAAUUAAUUACAGUCGGUAAAAAAAAUUUUUUUUGGUUAAGUUGGUAGUUAAUUACAGCCGUUACUAACUCGUUAACUCAGCCGAUAAUUGGUUUCAGUCGGUGAAAUAUUUUUUGUCAGCUGGUAAUUAAUUACAGCUCUCAUUGGAAUUUUUUUACUGUCACGGUAAUUAAUUGCAGUCAAUAAUAAAUUUUUUAACUCAGCCGGUAAUUAAUUGCAGUCGGCAAAAUAUUAUUUUUAAGCUGGUAAUUAAUUACAGCCCUUAUUCAAAUAUUUUUACUGUCAUGUAAUUAAUUGCAGUCGAUAAUAAAUUUUUUAACUCAGCCGGUAAUAAAUUGCAGUCGGUAAUUAUUUUUGAGCUGGUAAUUAACUACAGCCCUUAUUUGAAUAUUUUCACUGUCAUGUAAUGAGUUACAGUCGAUAAUUAAGUUGCUACUGAGUCGGUAAUUAACGAGGUACCCAAAAAAAUCGUGAGUCGGUAAUUAAUUACAUUCAAUAAUAAUUUUUUACUGGACCUGUAAUUAAUUACAGGCUUCAAAAAAUAUUUUUACUCAGCUGAUAACUGACUGCAGUCAAUAAAAAAAAUCUUAGUGAGCUGGUAAUUAAUUACAGUCGAUAAUGAAAAUUUUUACUGAGUUCCAGUUGAUAAUUAGUUACUGUUGAUUUAGAAAAUAAUUAAUCAUCACUUAUGUAUAGACGCUUAAUAUAUUAUUAUAUAAAUAUAAUAAUAUAUUUAUGAAAAAAAAUUCAAAAAAAAAAAUUGUGAAUGCUUAUUGUGACUAAAUUAAAUUUGAAGCAAAAAUCAAAUGAAUAUUAAAAAUAAAUUGAUCAAAAAAAAAA